UGUCAGCCAGCAAGGCCAUCUGUUUUGUUAACUUUUGUUGUGAUGUGACUAAAUAAAUCCUUGCAAAGAGAAUAUAACCACUACGUUUUUAUAUCCUUGUAAUUGUAUGGUUGCGUAGCGGGUAAGAAUAAAAAAGCAAAACUUGCCAAUCUAAUCUGUCCUAGGUCCUGCACGCUUGAGAGAAAGAGCCUUAUUAUAAAAUAUCAAGAAGACCUUUAUGGGACUGAACAAUACAUACUUUACCAGCGUGUAAAAAAUUAAAGGAUUACCUACAUCUCAUAUUUCUUAUGACACAGCUUUUUAUGACUUAAUGUGACUAUGUCUAGUCAAAUAGUACAAUAUGUCCUACUACGAAGUGAUUUGCUGAAGGAUUUGGGAUGGUCUAUUGGUGCACUUGUAGCCCAAGCCUGUCAUGCUUCCACAGCAGUUUUACAUUUGUAUAGAGAAGAUGAAGACACUAUGAAAUAUCUAGAUGACUUGGAUAAUAUGCACAAAGUAGUUCUUGAGGUCCCAAAUGAAGAUUCCCUCAAAAAGGUAGCCGAGAAAUUAAAAGAAAAUUCCAUAGACCAUAAACUUUGGAUAGAACAACCUGAAAAUAUACCUACAUGCUUAGCUUUGAAGCCUUACCCUAAGGACCAAGUCAAGAAAUAUGUAGGAAAAUUUAAGUUAUACAAAGCUACUUUGAGUAGUCAUUCUACUGUAUUAUCCUAAGUCUGUUAAAAUAAAAUUUAUUUCAACUGCCCAUU